AGAAUUGUGCGACAAUCGUUGCUGUUGACUUACCUUCUUACUAUCACACGAACUAAUAUAAUUCACUAUGGCGGAAGGAAUUGAUCGUCGUGCAGAUGGUGAGAACAUUUGGAUAUUUUACUCGAAUUGACGGAACUAACAUGUUCUAGAACGGAUGGAGUUCACAACCUCGAAGGAGGUCACUGUUGCCCCGACCUUUGAGGAUAUGCAUCUGAAAGAGAAUCUUCUACGAGGCAUCUACGCAUACGGCUAUGAGUCGCCUUCGGCCGUUCAAUCUCGCGCCAUCGUCCAGAUUUGCAAGGGUCGCGAUACCAUUGCUCAGGCGCAAUCUGGUACGGGUAAAACUGCUACCUUUUCUAUCAGUAUUCUUCAGGUUAUCGAUACGGUGGUUCGCGAAACACAAGCUUUGGUCUUGUCUCCCACUCGCGAACUUGCGACUCAGAUUCAAUCUGUCGUUAUGGCGCUCGGCGAUUAUAUGAACGUUCAAUGCCACGCAUGCAUUGGUGGAACGAAUGUCGGCGAAGACAUCAGAAAACUUGAGUACGGUCAACACGUGGUCUCUGGUACUCCCGGACGUGUUGCAGAUAUGAUUCGACGACGCCAUCUUCGAACUCGCAAUAUCAAAAUGUUAGUCCUCGAUGAGGCAGACGAGCUGUUGAACCGAGGUUUCCGUGAGCAGAUUUACGAUGUUUACCGUUACCUACCCCCGGCUACUCAAGUCGUUGUUGUCUCUGCCACUCUCCCAUACGAUGUGCUUGACAUGACUACGAAAUUCAUGACAGAUCCCGUGCGUAUUCUCGUGAAGCGUGACGAGUUGACCCUGGAAGGAUUGAAGCAAUAUUUUAUCGCUGUCGAGAAGGAAGAAUGGAAGUUCGACACCCUGUGCGAUCUCUAUGAUACGUUGACCAUCACUCAAGCCGUCAUUUUCUGCAACACUCGGCGCAAGGUCGAUUGGCUCACCGACAAGAUGCGCGAGGCCAACUUCACAGUGUCAAGCAUGCACGGAGAAAUGCCACAGAAGGAGCGAGACAGCAUUAUGCAGGAUUUCCGACAGGGAAACUCUCGUGUCCUUAUUUCGACUGAUGUUUGGGCUCGUGGUAUCGAUGUCCAGCAGGUCUCUCUAGUUAUCAACUACGACCUUCCCAGUAACCGUGAAAAUUACAUUCACAGAAUUGGUCGAAGUGGCCGAUUUGGUAGGAAGGGUGUUGCUAUCAAUUUCGUUACCAGUGACGAUGUUCGUAUUCUUCGUGAUAUCGAACUUUACUAUUCCACUCAAAUUGAUGAGAUGCCUAUGAAUGUUGCCGAUUUGUUGUCAUAGUGAUCGAGCUGCUUUUUCAUCCGCAAAUGAAUGAUUUCGCCUCAUAUGAAAACCAGUGAAACCCGCCGUCGGCACAGCCGAACAGCCGAACAGGUUUUUUCGCGACCAGCUUCACUCAGACGACCGGUCAUCGAGGUACUAGGUACUAGUUCUUGGGUUAUGCGUGGAGGAAACGGGAAAAGUCCUCACAGGCAGUGUACUACCAGAUUGCUGAAAUAAAUAUAGCCAAUGAAAUUCAAAUUAUACCCCUUGGAUGCUUAACCACUGAGCGUGCAUUGAGAUUUCGAAUUUUUAUUUUUGAUGAAAGUCAUUGUAAUAAACAUUGCUUUUCCCUCUUUAAUGCUGCAACUUGACAUUUUCAAGCUCAAUAAAUUCAUCCUCCAACUUUACCCGUUUCCUAACAUACUCAAAACUUGACAAUCUAGCAAGUACCCGUCACUUUAAGCACCGCAACAUCAUGCGCCUCCAAUUGCGCCGUAUACUCCUUAUGGACGCAUCCCAAAUCCUUACCCGUCCAAACAUCCUCAACUCUAUACUUACUAUCGUGUCCACUCAAUUGUGGAAUUUCAGACCACACUGCAGUCCUACUAGCAGCGACAUUCUCGGAGUUGAAAAGUAGAACCAAGUUCCAGCCGUGGGAAGUCGCGCCGGACCAGUACUCAGGUGGGUAGUGCGGGUUGUAUGUACCGUUGUUGUAGCCAUCUUUGUAUGGAAGAGCUGGUUUGCCAAUGAUCGGGUCUUGGUUGAAGGCGAUGAGAUCGGCGUUUUUGAGGAUAAAGAGGUGUGUGUCUGGGAUUGUUGAUAACU